AUGAUUUUCUUGAUGUUUUUCACUUUUGGUUCUCAAAAUUCAAAAUCACCAAAAUUUUCGCCUGCGGCGCAGAAAAAAUGGAUUUUUUGGUUUGAAGGCGCCAAAAUAUGUGAAAGUAAUUUAUUCCAAGCCCAACAGGACAGAAGAGAAAAACAAUCAGAAAUUAGACUUGUACAAAAUAAAUUAAAAGAAAUACACAGUGAACUUGACAGGACAUUGAGAGGGGAAGACAAAUAUUUACGUCUAAUAACUGACGAACAUGCUGCAAUUAAAAAAGAAAGGGAAAUGAUGAAUAUUUAUGAGGAAUUGGAAACUAAGGAGAGGGAGGCUUUUAAUGUUUUGUCUAAUAAGGUCAGAGUCAGUCACGAACGUGAACGUGAAAGAGAAGAAAGAACAAAAUACUGGUCACUCAUUGGAUCAUUAUUUGGUGCUUUAUUGGGCAUUUUAGGCACAACAAUAGCUACAGAAUUGAGAAUGAAACAUAUUCGGGAAAUGAUUCCCUCUGGACAAGAAAUUAAGCCUUUACUUGAUGAAAUGGUUCAAAUGGUUAGGGGAAGUCAGGGGCAGGUUUCUGAAUUUCUUGAGAAUUUGACAAAAAUGUUUAAUUUGGAAUCUCCAAUGCUUUUGAAUUCUAAAAAUAAAUUUAAUGAAAAUAAUGUGGAUAUAACUGGAAAUGAUUUUAUAAAGAUUUUGGGAGGAUUGAAAGAACAGGUUUUUUUGCUUAAAUUAAUUGGAGAUUUUUUAAUAGGUUUUUUGAAUAUUUAG